AUGGUCGCGGCAGGAGGAGAUACCGGCGGGAGCAGCAACGUUGCUGCGGGUGCGGUCGGGGUGAACGAGGGGGUGGGGGAGAUACUCGCGUUCUGGUUUGGAGAGUUCAUGCGGCCGGGAUAUGACGGCCCGGCUCCUGCGCCGUCAGACGAGGUAGCCAAGGCGCGUGUGUGGUUCAGCAAGAAUGAUGACGUGGACGCUUUCAUUCGCACGCGAUUCGCUCCGCUCAUCCCGCUCGCCGCGUCAGGCCAGCUGGCGGGCUGGGAGGACACGCCACAUGGUGCUCUCGCGUUGCUUGUGCUGCUUGAUCAGUUCACGAGAAACAGCUUCAGGGGUUCGCCAGACGCUUUUGCACAGGAUCACGUUGCUUUGGAGAUUGCUAAGCGGGCUAUUGACAAGGGUUUUGAUCGGCAGGUGCCGAGAGUAGGUCAGCCCUUCUUCUACCUGCCGUUCGAGCACGCAGAAGAUUUGGCAGCACAGGAUAGAUGCAUUGAGUUGAUGACUCAAAUGGUUGAAGAUGCCCCUGAAGGUCCCGUGAAGGGGUUUUUCAAUGGAGGUUUGAAUUUUGCACACAGGCACCGGGAUAUUAUUGUCAAGUUUGGUCGGUAUCCGCACCGAAAUGAUGCAUUGGGAAGGGAGAGCACACCUGCGGAAGUGGAGUUCAUGAAAACGCAUGGUGGUUUUUAG